AUCUUCCUCAGGAAAAUUUGAGCGCGGAAACCACUUGCCAUAUUUUCCUUUAAUUUGAAAUCAAGACGAAAAAAGAGGGAAAUAAAUAGAAGUAUUUUAUGGAGAAGCUUGUAUGAUUAGAAAUUCCCAAAUUUGGAGUAAGCCCGGGAGAAUCGAACCGGAUACGAUGACCAAUCAGACACAACUAUCGAACCAGCUGUUAAACAAACAUAUGGUCGAAAUUUAGAAAGUUCCUUAAAUUUUGGUUCAUCACCUGUUAGCUAGGGUUCAGAUGGUCUUUUUAUUUCGCUAUGGGCAAAAUGCGAAUUUUUUCCGUUUCAUUUUUACUUCUGGUCAUUUCAGUCACGGUCGAUGCCGACAUCGAUGCAGAGGAAGCAGCAUUGCCAACAAAAUGCCAUGUUUGUAAACACUUGGUACAAGAACUGCAGGAUGAGCUUGAAAGGUCUGGCAAGUCCAAGGAAGUCUUCCAAACAGGGCAGAUAUUUCAGGAGCAGCGUAAGGAAAUAAACUACCAGUAUUCUGAGGUUCGUCUGAAUGAAGCUCUGGAAAAUGCCUGUUCUAAUGUUUUAGAUUACAAAGUGCAUAAAGACAAAGUGAAGGCUUUGAGAUAUGAAAAGAAGGAAAGUGUAACAUUCAACACCCUCAAAGGACUCAAAAAUCGAGGAGUCAAGGUAGACCUUGGAUUUCCUUAUGAGAUGUGGGACACGCCUGAUGCUGAAGUAACAAGGCUAAAGAGCAGGUGUGAAUUAAUGGUUGAGACGUAUGAAGAUGACUUGACCCAGUGGUACUGGCAUCACCAAAAGGAAAAUUUGACAAACUGGUUAUGUAUUGAGAGAGUGCUGGACCCUGGGGAGGAGGAGUGUUUCAGUGAAACUGAAGCAAAAAAUACAGAUGACAAGAAAGGCAGUGAAGGGACAGAAGAGAAGGGAAAAGAGGGUGAAGACAAAAACAACGAUACAGAUGAAGACAGAGAAAGGAAAAAAUCCGGAAAGGAAAAAAAGAAAGGGAAGGGAAAGGAGAAAGACAAGAACAAAGGCGGAAAGCCAUCAGCUGGAAAAUCGAAGAGGUCUUCGCAGGCUGAAGAAGAUGAUUCGGAGAAAAUCCAGCGUCUCAUUAGGCAACAAGCCCAAGAGCAAGAGGAACACCGCAAGAAACGUGGCAGGACAAAGGAGUUUGUUGGUGGUAAGAUGGACGAACGAAAACGGCGAGAGUUCCAGACCAGGCUCCGAGACAUUCACGAUGUCGACCGUCUCCGACGCGAACUUCGGAGGAUUCGUCAACGAGAAAUGACCGAAGAUGAUUACAGUGCAAGAGAGCCUUGGGAACGCCAUAUGGACUCGAGCAUUCCUGAAGAAGUCCGACGUGACAUGCGACGACAUCGGUUUGAGCGAAUGAACGAUCCCGAAGAUCUGAGGAGAGAGUUGCGCAUGCGAGCUAUGGACCUCGACGAUGAUGACCAUUUCUUCGAAGAGCACUCCUUCGCUUUUCGUGAAUUGAGCCACCGUUACAUGAUAGAAGCAGAAGAAAUUCGUGAUCCUUUGGAGCUGAAGAAACGUAUCGACGACCUUGACGCGCUGUCGGCGAUAUUUUCUAGUGGUUACGAGCGUGACCGACGACGAGGGCGACACGGUCGGCGCCCUUGGAAAGACGAAUUUUGAAGAGUUGGUGCCGGCCACAGAAAGUUUUUUAUCUUUAGCAGCCCCACAUGAAAUAGUGACACAGGGACCCUAUCGAGCAGAGAGUGAAACAAACUGGUUUUCACGGACUCUAUCAAUUUGGUCUGAGGUUAUGAAUUUCAAUCGGUUCCUCUCGCAGAGGGUAUUAGUUUAAAGUAAUUUUUCUUGAAUAACAUAGAUAGACGGGACUGCAUUGGUAUUGCUUUAAAACCCCCUUUUUGUCAUUAAAAACAUGCGUCUCGCACUUAACUCUCUAAAAGCAUCAAGUGCAGAGGAGAAUAGGGAUUUGAUCAGCGCCUACUGUCAGCCUCGUACUCAGGUUUCUCUCUUUUCUUGAAACACGUAGCGCAAGGUGUCAUGGGCCAGUCGCUCUCUAAGAGUUACGAAAGCCAUGUUACCAUGGUGCAGUGUUCACCGCUUUUCCCGCCAUUGUAGUAGGGUCUGGCUGCUAUAUAGACAAAAAACCUACCGCUUUACAUGUUUCAAGGACGACAUGUCACUUAGUAACUAUUUAAAUUAAUUCUUGACUCUGUUCACAAAUUUCCUUUUUGGCAGGCGUUUUUGAUUGGCUAAUUUGUUGGGCUGCUAAUGAUUAGAACAUUAAGGGUCUUGAAUUAAGUAGAAAUAUAAGCAAAGGACAUUCCAGAUGCACGCAUCCUUUAUGGUGGAAAACAAGUUGUGUAUUUUGGUUUCUAUUAAAAGUUUGUUCACACUUGCAACGCAAAAUGCAUGUAAAUUUAAUUAACACAAAUAUAAAUGACUGCCCGGCGUAAGGAAUGGAAACAUCGUUUUCUUGCGCUUGCCUUCUGUGCAUUUGUUUGAAUUUGCUUCAUUUGUGUGAGCUGAUCCUUAAGCGCACGCAAAGUUUAAGAAAAAUUUAAGGCUUGAUAUGAUUGUAGGAAAAUAGUUUAACUGUAUUUGUCGAAAUAAAUGACUGGUUUCUGUUC